GGCGAUGGUGCGUGUGUGUGGGGGGCGGGGGAUACGCUGGGCGCGUCCCGGGGGGCCCCUGGUGCGCAGCACGCAGAGUCCUUCUGUCGGUUGGUCCUGGAGCGGCGCAGCCGGAGCGGGGCCGUGAGGAGAAUAAAGGCAGCCCCGUUGAUGACUGAAAAUGACAAAGCAUCCACCUAACAGACGAGGAAUCAGCUUUGAAGUGGGAGCCCAGUUGGAAGCCCGGGACCGUUUAAAAAACUGGUAUCCAGCUCACAUAGAAGACAUUGACUACGAAGAAGGAAAAGUACUCAUCCAUUUCAAGCGUUGGAACCAUCGUUAUGAUGAGUGGUUCUGCUGGGAUAGUCCUUAUUUACGUCCACUAGAGAAAAUUCAGCUGAGGAAAGAGGGUUUACAUGAAGAGGAUGGAUCUUCUGAAUUUCAAAUAAAUGAGCAGGUCCUUGCUUGCUGGUCUGAUUGUCGUUUUUACCCGGCCAAAGUCACUGCUGUUAACAAGGAUGGUACUUACACUGUGAAAUUUUAUGAUGGAGUAGUUCAGACUGUCAAACAUAUUCAUGUCAAAGCUUUUUCCAAAGAUCAGAAUAUUGUGGGUAAUGCUAGGCCUAAAGAAACAGAUCACAAAAGUCUUUCAUCAUCUCCUGUUAAACGAGAGAAGUUUAAAGAGCAGAGAAAAGCCACUGUCAGUUUGAAGAAGGACAAAGAGGACAAAGCCUUAAAGACAGAGAAACGACCCAAGCAGCCUGAUAAAGAAGGAAAGCUAAUCUGUUCUGAAAAGGGGAAGUUAUCAGAGAAGAGCCUUCCCAAGAACGAGAAAGAAGACAAGGAGAACAUUUCAGAAAAUGACAGGGAGUAUUCUGGAGAUGCUCAAGUGGAUAAGAAGCCUGAAAAUGACAUUGUGAAGAGUCCGCAAGAAAACUUGAGGGAGCCAAAAAGAAAACGAGGCAGACCCCCUUCCAUAGCUCCUACUGCUGUGGAUUCAAACUCUCAAACUUUGCAACCAAUAACGUUGGAAUUGAGAAGACGGAAAAUAUCAAAAGGAGGAAGUGAAGUCCCAUUGAAACGUCCUCGGCUUGACAAAAGUUCAUCCCAGGAAAAGUCAAAAAACUACUCAGAAAACACUGACAAAGAUUUGUCGAGGAGACGGUCCUCCAGGCUAUCCACUAAUGGGACCCAUGAGAUCCUAGAUUCUGGCUUGGUUGUAUCAGGUUUGGUUCAGACGGGUGAUACGGAUCCUUUACAAGACACAUCAUCUGUUAGUACCAAGGAAUCUGAAGGUCAGUUGAAAUCUCCUUUGGAAGCUGGCCCGGUUUCACCUGCAGUAACUUGCCACUCCUUUGGGGAUGGUUUGGGGGCUGCAGGAUUAGAACUGAACUGCAAGUCAAUGGGAGAAAACACUAUGAAAACGGAACCAGCUUCUCCCCUGGCUGAAUUACAAGAGAUUUCAACUGUGGAAGUAACAAAUAAUUUUAAGAAAACAGAUGAUUUUGUGUCAUCUAAUGGACCAGCUGUCGACCUAGACCACAAGUUUAGAUGCAAGGUUGUGGAUUGUUUAAAAUUUUUUCGCAAAGCCAAACUGUUGCAUUAUCACAUGAAGUAUUUCCAUGGAAUGGAGAAGUCACCAGAGCCAGAGGAGAGCCCAGGAAAGAGGCAUGUCCAGACAAGAGGCUCUUCAGUUUCAGACAAGGCUGGCCAGGAGAGCCUGACGAGGAAGCGGGUCUCUGCCAGUUCUCCGACUACAAAAGAAAAGGAAAAGAAUAAAGAGAAGAAAUUCAAAGAGUUUGUGAGAGUGAAGCCAAAGAAGAAAAAGAAAAAGAAAAAGAAAACCAAACCUGAAUGCCCCUGCAAUGAGGAAAUCAGUGAUACCUCCCAGGAACCUUCUCCACCCAAGGCAUUUGCUGUCACCAGGUGUGGGUCCUCACACAAGCCUGGGGCCCAUAUGAGCCCACAGCUCCAUGGCUCUGAAUCUGGACACCACAAAGGGAAAGUGAAAGUAUCUGAGGAGGAUAAUUUGAGUGAGUCCUCUUCUGAGAGCUUUCUCUGGAGUGACGAGGAAUAUAGUCAAGAUGUCGAUGUGACCACCAACCCAGACGAGGAACUUGACGGGGAUGAACGCUAUGAUUUUGAAGUGGUCCGUUGUAUCUGUGAGGUCCAAGAGGAAAAUGACUUCAUGAUUCAGUGUGAAGAGUGCCAGUGCUGGCAGCAUGGGGUCUGCAUGGGAUUACUGGAAGAAAAUGUGCCCGAGAAAUACACCUGUUAUGUUUGCCAAGACCCUCCAGGUCAGAGGCCUGGCUUCAAGUACUGGUAUGACAAGGAGUGGCUGAGCAGGGGACAUAUGCAUGGUCUGGCCUUUCUAGAAGAGAACUACUCCCAUCAGAAUGCCAAGAAGAUUGUGGCCACCCACCAGCUUCUUGGCGAUGUGCAGCGAGUGAUCGAGGUUUUGCAUGGCCUGCAGCUCAAGAUGAGCAUAUUGCAAAGCAGGGAGCAUCCUGAUCUGCAGCUGUGGUGCCAGCCUUGGAAACAACACUCAGGGGAGGGGAGAUCUCAUUCCAGACACAUCCAUGUCACUGAUGCCAGGAACAAGGAGGAAACCCCAAGCUAUAGAACUUUGAACGGGGCAGUGGAGAAGCCCCUGCCCCUGCCCCGGUCUGUGGAGGAGUCAUAUAUCACCAGUGAGCACUGCUACCAGAAGCCCCGCGCCUAUUACCCUGCUGUGGAGCAGAAGCUGGUGGUAGAGACGCGGGGCUCUGCCCUUGAAGAGGCAGUCAAUCCCCUCCAUGAGAAUGGUGACGAUUCCCUCUCCCCACACCUGGGCUGGCCUCUGGACCAAGAAUGGAGCAGGGGGGACAGUGACCUCAAACCCAGCUCCCCAAAGGUGAGGGAAUAUGUCUCCAAAAAGGUCCUACCAGAAGAAGCCCCUGCCCAGAAGCUGCUGGACAGAGGUGGAGAGGGGCUGCUGAGUUCCCAGCACCAGUGGCAGUUUAACCUGCUCACCCACGUGGAGUCUCUUCAGGAUGAAGUCACACACAGGAUGGACUCUAUCGAGAAGGAACUGGAUGUGUUGGAGAGCUGGCUGGACUAUACCGGGGAGCUGGAGCCCCCAGAGCCGCUGGCCAGGCUUCCACAACUGAAGCAUUGCAUCAAGCAGCUGCUGACGGACCUGGGCAAGGUGCAGCAGAUCGCCCUCUGCUGCUCAACAUGAAACUGGGCACCCGGAACUAAUGGGGGCACAAUCCUGGGGCACCUGCAGGAGGAGCUUCGCAUAUUUAAAUAAAUAAACCUAGCAUGCUGAAUGCACGUGACACUGACUGACUUCAGGGAUCUGGGCAAGAGUGUGAAGGACAUUGAACAAUGAGGCCAUUUUGGCUGCUGGAAGGCAGGGCACUCUGAUUUCAGCCUACCAAGAAGGUAGCAAACCAACUCUUGGGAUUCCCUUCUGUGCACAUCGUUGAAUGAAGAGAGUCUUUUUGCACAAACUUCACUUGAAAUCGUGCCACUGAUGAUAAACGGAAUGAGAGCCAAAAAAAUUUAGUUGGAAACAGUUGAAAUUUGCAGUUUAUUUAAUUGACUUUUCUGUCAGGUUGGGGCAUAUGCCAGCCCUUUGAGUUUCUGCCUGGCAUGGUGUUUAGGCCACAGGCAUCAUUUUCAUUUUCCAGCUUCAUGGGAAUGUUGUGACUUAACUGUUCUGUGGAAGUUGAGAAGCAGCAGAGGCCUUGGUUUGCCCUGCCUUCUCUUUAGGACUGACUCUUCACUUUCGCACCACAUCUCUUGCUUGAUUUCAUGGUACCAGGACAAGUUUUGUAUGCUUUCACCUGAGUUGGCUGGGUUGUGGCUUUUGUAGCAGAGCCCAUGCAGCCCGUGGAGGAACUAGUCUCACUGUAAUAAGAAUCUAGUAGGAAUUCUAAACUGAAGCAGGCAGGGUCCGGAACCCAAAGGACAACAAUUUCUACUCAUUUCUUAAUAUUGACAGCUUCCCAGUUCUAUUUAAUGUCCAAAAAUGUUUCCCAAAAUUUUGAACUCUUUCACUGUAAAGAUUUGUUACAAAGAAUGUGGUUUGGGGAAUUACCUUAUUUUAUAUUGUUGUUAACAAACUUCAGAUUCUACAUGUGCCGCUUUUUUCCUUCCCUGAAAGGUAUGUCCAGUAGUUGGAAUUUCAGACUUGUUUUGUUAAUAUACUUUAAAUUUUCUGUAUUAUUUUGUGAGAUCAAAGUGAUUAUGCUGCUUAAGGUCUAGGUACAAUCUGUUUGUACCUUUUGAGACAAUAUUUGUGUUACUUUUACAGGUUACGGUUCCACGUGUAAUUGCUGUUAGUUUGUUUUUAUUAGACAGAGUUAAAGAAAAUGUUCCAUGCUUUGAAGAGUGACCCAUUUCACUAGUUUUAUCACUAAAAACAAAAAUCAAAGCACAGUUGUCCAUUAACACUCACAAGUUAAUUAUGGGUUUAUGAAUCUGUAAUGUUAUAUGCUGCAAAUAUUUACUAUGUAAACAUGAAGUAGCCAAUAUCUCUCAAUAGCAAUGACAGUUAUCUCCAGUGACCUUUGGGAUGGUAAGGCUUUAAGUCAUAGGUCAUGGUGGUCAUAAAUUCAGGCCUCUGUACUAAGAUCUGUUUCAGGGAAUGCUCUAGUGAUUUGUUCAUGAUUUGAUAUAAAAUGAAUUAUAAGACAAGUGAAAGUUGACCUGCUGUAGCUUAUCUGUCAGAGGGAAUACACAACAGCUGAAACAUCUAUAUUAAAGCCAACACAAUUCCUCUACAAGAGGCUGUUUCCCACUGCUAACAUAGGUGUAUUUGGUGUGAGAAAUGUUCAAAGAGUGUGCAUGGCCUCUAUGUUUUGGAUAAUUUAUCAGCAUUAUAAGAAUUGUAUGAUGCUUGUAUGAAAAGGGAAGAAACAUAAUUUUCUAUAGCCACAACUGUGAGGUAUGAUGAUUGUUGUAUUAUUAGAUUACUGACUUUUUUUUCCCUAAAAAUACAUUUUGAGUAUCACAUCUGGGAAAGCUGUAACUCUUAAGAUAGUCAAUUUCUUGUCUUGUUCAAGAGUGAAUUACCCUAAUUUUGCCAAGUGGCCAUUAUUAGGUUUAUUGUUUAAGUUUUGUAAAGGAAAUAAUCUCAUUUUAUUCAUUGUAACUUUCAUUCUUAGGGAAGCAGGGAAGACUCCCCAAGUUUUGAUAACCUCAGUGUGCUUCCCUAAUUUAAAGCCAUGUUUGGGGGGCUCCAUUCCCAAUUACUGGGUCAAGUUGAAUUUACCCCAAGUUGGAGCACUGGAAACUGUUUUUUGCAAACAUUGCAAUUACCAUUUAGAAGUAUGUGCACUACCUAAGUUUUGUCCACCUAUAAAAAAUUGCCUUGACAAAAACAGUUCUGGUUUGACUAAUCAUUUUGCAUCUUUAAGUAGUGAGUAUAUGCAAGGUGGAUCCUUGAUGAGCCAACAUUGCACUGUGGAUACGUAUCUAUGUUUACGCGCUAUUAGAACAAAAGGCGCUGUAUAUAGAAAUGUUGCUUUGAAGCAAUAUUUGCAAAACAUGGAAGCUUCUGUAUCUGUAUUUGGAAAAAAUAAAAACAGGUUCUUGUUGCUA